AUGACUAAUCAUACUAAUUACCAAGGAGGUAUUCUUUCGGGUCAUGAACCAACAGAAUAUAACCCGUCAAACCCUCUUGUAUUAUUUAUCAUUCAGGCAACGAUUAUAAUAUGUGCUACACGUGGAUUAAAUUUUAUUGCUUCUCAUUUUCGUCAACCUCGCGUCAUUUCUGAAGUUCUUGGUGGAAUCAUCCUUGGGCCAUCUGUAUUGGGGCGCAUCCCACAUUUCAAUGAGACGAUUUUUCCUACAAGUUCCCUUCCGUUCCUUAAUCUCGCCGCCAGCUUAGGAUUGGUUUUAUACUUAUUCUUGGUUGGCUUGGAAUUGGAUCUAAGAUUAUUGACGCGAAAUGCCAAGGUUGCAUUGAGUAUCUCUGCCGCCGGAAUGAUCAUUCCUUUUGCCCUCGGCAGCGCCGUAGGUUAUGGACUAUAUCAUCUAAAUGAUCUUCCCGAUGUGACAUUUCCCAAUUUCUUACUCUUCUUAGGUGUGGCAAUGUCGAUAACAGCAUUCCCUGUGCUUGCCCGUAUUGUUACAGAGCUUAAAUUAAUUCGAACUAAAGUUGGAGUUACGGCAUUAUGUGCAGCUGUUGGUGACGAUGUAACCGCUUGGGUGUUACUUGCUUUGGUUGUAUCGAUCCUGAAUUCAUCCAGUACUAUUACCGCAUUAUACGUGUUUCUUCUCGCCAUCGCGUGGACAUUGAUUUUAUUCUUUAUUAUACGUCCUAUUUUGCUUCGAAUAAUUGUGGCGACUGGAAGCGAUGUUAAUGGGCCUACUGUGACAAUGAUGUCGCUUACUUUGUUACUCGUUUUGAUAUCAGCCCUUAUAACAGACGCCAUUGGUGUGCAUGCUAUCUUUGGUGGCUUUAUGGUCGGAGUUAUUAUACCACACGAUGGAGGUUUUGCCUUGGGUGUUAAUGAAAAGCUUGAAGAUCUAGUUCAUAUUGUUUUCUUACCAUUGUAUUUUGCUCUUUCUGGUCUCAACACUUCAAUUGAUCUAUUGAAUGAUGGUACUGCAUGGGGAUACGUUUUUCUGGUUAUCUUUCUCGCGAUGCUUGGGAAGAUUUCUGGUGCUACGCUUGUUGCUAGAAUUUGCAAAAUGACAUGGAGAGAAUCAUUAACAGUCGGUGUUUUUAUGAGUUGUAAAGGAUUAGUUGAAUUAAUUGUCUUGAAUAUUGGUCUCUCAGCCGGUGUUAUCAGUCCUAAAAUUUUUGUGAUUUUGGUGGUAAUGGCUAUUGUCACAACCUGCCUUACUACUCCACUUGUAACUUAUUUAUAUCCACCUAAAUAUCAUUCAUCACCUGGUGGAGAGAACAUUGAAAAUGGUGGCAAAUUAACGAUCGAGACCAUAGAUUCUCGAAGAUCAGAGGAUACUCUUCGCGAAAAGACCAAACCAAACAAAAUUUUGGUGGUUUUGAAUAAUAUCGAAUAUCUUCCAGCAAUGAUGACAUUAAUACAACUUUUACGACCGCUGCGAACAUUCACGAAACCGUCAGCGAUAAAUUUAAGCGAGAAAAAAGAGAAAAGCAGCAAAAGUCCUCAGACAAUUGCUGAUAAUAUGCCAAUAUUAUCCCAAGAUCUUAUCACUGUUAAUGCUCUCAGAUUGGUCGAACUUACUGACCGUAUGACAACUAUAAUGAAAGGUCAUGAAACAGAAGAGACUGUUCUUCAUGAUCCUAUUAUGAAUGUAUUCCGGGCAUUUGGACGAAUGCAUUUCGUUAAUGUAAGAGCAAACUUGUCGGUUGUUAGAUUUGAUGAAUUUCCUGGUCGAGUAGCACAAAGUGCCAAAGAAACAACAUCUGAACUAGUUAUAAUACCAUGGUCUGGCGCAGGAGCGAUUACUGAGGAUCCCUUUAACUCCCAUGACAUUAUUGUGGGAUCACGUGAGAAUAAGAACACUGGCCCGCAUACUGCUAGUUUUGUUCAAAAUGUAUUUAGCGAAGUGCCUACAAAUGUUGGAGUAUUUGUGGAUCGAGGGCUUGGCGUAGUGCCUGGAGGCUUUUCCUUGGAACAGGAUUCAUCUCUUACUAUCAAAGUUUUCUUCCCGUUCUUUGGAGGAGUAGAUGAUCGAGAGGCAUUGAUAUUUGUCACUCGAUUAAUAGAACAUCCAUAUGUCACAGCUACUAUAUUACGAAUUAAAAAAUCUACUGAGCCAACUGUUAAUGACACUUCAUUAAUUGUCACAGAUUCCAAUUUUGACUCCAAUAAUACAGGAAAUCAAGACGAGAUAACAUCAGACGCAUUACCAACUCGACCAUCGUUAACACAUCAAAUUUCGUCUGCUACAAUACCAAUUGUUGAUAAUAAUAAAGUUGACCGAGGAAUCUCUGAGGAAGCUGAUCAAAACUUGAUAACUUCUUUCUUUGGCGUUGGACGAGGUACUUUAAUAUCUAAUUCGAGAAUAACAUACAAAGAAAUUGUUUCUGCCACGCCUAUGCAAACUGCAAUUCAACGAGCAAAGGAAGUAGUAAGUCGAAAAGAUUUAGUGAUAGUUGGUCGAGGUCGGGCAAAUGCUGCCAUAAGUCAUCGCGAGGAAUGGGUAGAAGUGAUCAAGAAUAUCGGAAUGAUGGGUUAUUCACAUGAUAAUUUGACAAGAAAAACUUUAGGGCUUCUUGCCGAAGGGCUUUUGAUUGGUGGUGUGCCGGCAAGUGUCCUUGUAAUACAAGGAAAGAAAAAUUAA